AUGGAGUUUCUAGUUUAUGACGGCAGCGUCGAUCCUUUGGGUUGGCUGGAACGCUGUGAGCGAUUCUUCCAUAGCCAGAGAACUGCUGAAGAAGACUACGUGGGACUAGCGGCUUUCCAUCUCUUGGGCGAGGCUCAAUUAUGGUUUGAUCAUAUUGACCAGGAAGGAGAAGAAUUGGACUGGAACCGUUUUAAGGAAGGUUGUCAUGUAAGGAAUUCUGACCUGAAAUACCCUCAUAAAGUGGACAUGUUCACUACUGGGUUAACAGAAGAACUCAUAAUUGAUAUCGAGAUGCAACAACCCAAAAAUCUCGGUGCUGCCAUGAACCUGGCUCGAGCAUUAGAAUGUGUACCCACUUAUUCUGAUGGCUCUUCUUCUCCUUCGAAAGAGGAUGAACCAGUGCAUGUGACCAUUGAUGAUUCUCAGUCCAAGGAAUCAAGCCAGACUCCUGCCUCUAUUCAGAACAUCUCUGAUGAUGACUCUGAUAAUGUUCUGUUAACUGCUUCUCUGCCUGAUAGUGUUGCUGCAAGGAUCAACAGAAAAAGAAGGGUUCCUGAUGUUGAAGAAUCUCUUGCUCUAAAGAAGAAGACCAAGUCCACUCCAACAACUUCCAAGUCUAAGAAAAAAGACGUGAAGGGCAAAGGUAAGCAACAGGAAGUUAAAUCCAAGAGUGUCAAGAAGAAGAAGGUUCCACUUGCUGCUGAGGAAUCUUUGUCAGAUGUUGAGGGGGAUGUCGAGGACAUCUUGCCUCUGAGAAGAAGAAGUAAUGUUCAGAAGUGGAAGUAUGUGUGCCAACGCAGAUUUGCCAAGGAAAGGGAAGUUGGCUCUGAUGUACUUGAGUGCAAGGAAGUGGUUGCACUUAUUGAAAACGCUGGACUGAUGAAGACCAUUCUCAAGGUGGGAAGGGAAAAAUGUGUUGAAUUCCCCCCUGCUGUGAUCAACGAAGCACUUGGAAGAAGUGCUGUUGAGUUUGUUGAUGAGGAGUUGUCCUUGGAUGUGAUUGCCAAGGAGAUUACUGCUGGCCAAGUCAAGAAGUGGCCCAUCAAGAAGUUGCUGUCUACAGGAGCACUGGGUGUGAAGUAUGCCAUCCUUAACAGGAUUGGAGCUGUGAACUGGGUUCCUACCCAACAUACUUCUGGAGUUUCUACUGCUCUUGUCAGAUGGAUCUACAAGAUUGGCACUUCUACUGCUUUUGAUUUUGGGUCCUUUGUGUUUGAACAGACCUUGAAGCAUGCUAACACUUGUGCUGUGAAGCUGCAUCGUCAGAGCAUCAGGGCUGAUGAGGUUCCUUUGCCAAAGGGUGUUCCUAUUACCCUGGAUCAACGACUGUUUAUGGAGCCACAUGUCAUAGACAUUGCUGUGCCAUUUAGCAAGACUUCUGCCCCUGCUUUUGUGAGUGAAUCUAGCACUAAGGUUAUUAUUGCUGAAUUAAUGGAUGUUUCUAAGGCUCUACAGGAGACUAUUAGGAUCAGCACUGCAAGGAAGCUAAAGGUUGAUGCUUUACUUCUCAAGCUUCAAGAGGAAGAAGGUCAAGAGGGUGAGCCAAGUGGUGGUGCUGCUGCUCCUCAGGAUGCCAGCACUGAAGAAGAGGGAGAAUCUGAAGAACAUAUAGAAGACACGGAAGACGACUCCAGUUCUGAUGAUUAG